UGUGGUUCUUGUGUGCGCAGCGAGGAAUGCAGCUACUGGGCUCAUCUGCUGCGUCUCCAUAACAAAAGCGAAGGUGCUAGUGCGCCAUGGUGCUCUAAAAUAGGACAGCGAUAGACCUGUUCUGAACUAUAAAGGGAAUAUGCUUUAGAUAUAAGGCGCACCAUUCGGAAAUAUUUCUUUAACGAUUAGAAAGCUAUUUCAAACAGCGUUAGAAUAUACCCCUGGACAUCCUGAAAAUGAUAAAUCUGUUUUAAACGCAGGACUGAGUGUGAUCUCUGCGGGCAGUCUGGGUGAUGGACGACAUGUUGGAGCUGCGGACAGACGGCAACUCGCUGCUGAAGGCUGUAUGGCUGAGGCGCCUGAGACUCACCCGGCUCCUGCUGGAGGGAGGUGCCUACAUCAACGAGAGCAACGACCGAGGGGAGACGCCGCUCAUGGUGGGCUGCAUGUCCAAGCACUCAGACACGCAGAGUGUCAGCAAGGCCAAGCUGGUCAAGUACCUGCUGGAUAACAAAGCUGACCCCAACAUCCAGGACAAGACGGGCAAGACGCCGCUGAUGCACGCGUGCAUCCACCGGGCAGGUCACGAGGUGGUGUCGCUCCUGCUGACCAACGGGGCAGAUCCAAGUCUGGAGGAUCGCAGUGGAGCCUCGGCGUUGGUUUAUGCUAUCAACGCGGAUGACAAAGAGACUCUCAAACUGCUCUUGGAUGCCUGCAAAGCCAAGGGUAAGGAGGUGAUCAUCAUCACUACAGACAAAUCGCCAUCUGGCACCAAAACUACCAAGCAAUACUUAAACGUGCCCCCUUCCCCCGAACUGGAUGAGAGGUCAUCGCCGACGUUAUGUGCCUCCCCCUCUGACAUUGAGCUAAACCCUUUGUCUCCGUCAAGCAAAGAGGAAGAGCUCAACACGGUUUUCCCUUACCAGUCCCAGUGGAAAUCCAGUUCCAGCACAGCCGUCAGGCCCCCCAACGGCCCAACCUCCCCGCCCCGCAAGCCAACGAACCCCAAACGUGCACGCCUUCCGCUGCUAAAGCGUCUUCAGUCCGAGCCCUGGGGCUUGAUCGCUCCCUCUGUGCUGGCUGCCGCUCAAGAGGAGAGCAGGAAAGCCAACUCCGACGAGGACGUCAUAUCCGGCGUCAAUGGACUGUCCAUCUCCAGAAGAGCCACCCUGUCACGGACCAAUAGCUUCGACGGCAAGGAGAUCACGUUCCCUUAUGUUGGCGAGCAGCCAUCCAAAAUCUCUCCCACUUCCCCAGCUCUUCCACUGCCGACCUCCUCCAAGGUGUCCUAUGACAGAUCGCUGGUCCAGCAUCAGCCCCUGGCUCGCCGCAGCACCAUCCCCACUGAGCAGGAGAGGUCUGAGGGCACGGGCCAAAGUGCUUCAGCCAGCCUCAGAGACACAGUGCACAGGAGGAGGCUGGGCCCCGACCACUAUGACUCUGACUCCCAGCUCUACGCUGACUCGGGCAUGCUCGACUCGCCCAAGGUGCCCUUGGAGAGGCGGAAGCUCAACACCUCCCCGCUGGCCAUGCUAACCGGCUCGCGCGAAUCCCUUGACAGCAACGCCAGCACGUCCUCGCCUUGCACGGCACGCCGCCGUGCGCCAGGCCUGCUGGAGAGGCGCGGCUCAGGAACCCUCCUGCUGGACUACAUUUCCCACACCCGCCCGGGACACCUGCCGGCCCUCAACGUCAACCCCAAUCCCCCUAUCCCUGACAUCGGUGCUUGCAGCAAGCCCUCAUCGCCCCUCACCACGGGGUUUAGGUCGAUAGCUCCGGUGGUGCCGAGCUCACCAAAGAGAGGCAACCUCAAGACCAAGAAGAAGCUGGUGAGAAGGCACUCUAUGCAAGUGGAGCAGAUGAAACAGCUAUAUGACUUUGAGGAGCUAACCCAGUAGGAGUGACUGUCUGUCUGGCUUUGACAGAUGUUAUAUGGAAACAAGCACAUUCUGUGAAACAAGGUUUAGUUUUGAAAUCAUGUUUCCUCAGCUCUCUCCGGCCCUGAGGCCAGUUUAUAGUGAACCAAAAAAAAAAAGUGAGUUGAUGGGAGUAAAUAAACGCUGUUUCAGGUAGCAGCUAUCUCCGGAUAGGAACUGGUCCCAAUCUGUCAGAUACAAAGUAUACCUAUUCUGGGUCAGGCUCAGACUUCACCUGAACACAGUAAACAGCUAUGUAGGGUAUUUCUGAGCAGAGAUUGAGACAUCAGCACCGAGGAACUAAAAAGAAAAGCUGCUGGGUAUUUUUUACUCACAGACUUGAAUGAAAUGUUCUUUGUUUAGUUGCAUCCUAUUCAUGCACAUCAACUGAUUAUCACACUAUAGGGUUUUGUGUCUGAGAUAACUCUACUCUCGCCACUUGUAGCUAUCAGACAAAAUUGGAGUUGAAUGUGCUUUAAUGUGAUUAAUACAGAUAUGUGUUAUCUACUGACUGUAGUCUAAACUAACCUAGGGUUAUGUCAUGUUCUGUGUACCUACUACACUGAAGUCACCCUGUCCAACCCAUUGAAUAUCAAUUAGAAGUAGAGAGCCACAGCACAGCAAAACUAUUUGACUGUACAUAGCACAAUGUCACAUACAUAUCUACUGAGCUUCACUGUCUGGAGACAUGAUGGAAAAACUUCAAAAAUAUUAGCAUAUAAUUUGGGAAUAAAAAUAAUUCUAAAAUAUGAAACACCAUUUAAUAUCUUGGAUAAGUACAAAAUAAUACAAGAUGUUCUGAUUAGACAGAGGCGCAGAUGAGAACUGAAUUAUCUGUCCAGUGUUAGUAGAUCUUGACAGAAAAUGUUACCAUUUCCUUAUAUUAUGUGCAUAU